AUGGAAAAUCCACUGGAUCAUGAAUCAAUUGAUGAGAUUAAGAAAGCUCUGGAAAACAAUGAUCAAGCCUUAGCUGUUUCUAAGAUCAAGGAGUAUUUGGAAAAGGAGACAAACACUCCACUACAUAUUGGUGUCACAGGAGAGUCCGGCUCUGGUAAAUCCUCCUUUGUUAAUGCCUUCAGAGGCAUAGAUGAUAUGGAUGAGCUAGCUGCCCCUACUGGUUGUGUAGAAACCACCACAGUGGUCACACCAUACCCCCAUCCAAACUAUCCCAAUGUUACACUGUGGGAUCUUCCUGGUAUUGGUACCACCAAGUUUCCAGCUCAGAAGUACAUGCAACAUGUUGGAUUUGAAAAGUUUGACUUCUUCAUCAUCAUCUCGGCCACUCGCUUUCGAGAAAAUGAUGUGAAGCUCGCUAAGGAGAUUCAGAAGAUGGGGAAAAAGUUCUACUUUGUUCGCUCAAAGAUCGACAACGAUUUACAAGCUGCGCAAAGAAGUCAGAGGCAGUUUGAUGCAGAAAAGACUCUUACGCUAAUGAGGGACAACUGCAUUCGAGGUCUUAACAAACAUGUGAAGUCUCCUCAAGUCUUCCUGGUGUCCAGGUUUGAUCUCCAACUGUAUGACUUUCGUCGCUUAUGUGAGACCUGGGAGAAAGAACUUCCUCAGCACAAGAGGCGUGCUCUGCUGCUUGCCAUGCCCAACAUCAGCCAGGAGAUCAUCAAUAAGAAGAAAAAGGCUUUCCAGGACAACAUCAAAUACUUUGCUCUUAUAUCAGCAGCUGGUGCAGCUGUCCCACUCCCUGGGCUUUCUGUUGCUCUUGAUCUAAGUGUGCUGGUUGGUGCUGUCAAACAAUACAUGCUUGGUUUUGGUCUUGAUGGAAACUCACUGAAGAGGCUCGCUGGUACUACUCGUGUGCCAUUGGAUGAUCUAACUGCUACCAUCAAAUCACCUCUGGCUUUACAGAACAUAACUCCUGGUCUUAUCUUAAGGCUGCUUCUUCAGUGUUCACUCAUUGCUGCAUCAAUGGCAGCAGAGGAAGGCUUAAGAUUUAUUCCAAUACUUGGAACCAUAGUAGCAGCACCCAUCUCUUAUGUGGUAACUGCAAAAGCUCUUGAAACUUUUCUCAACAUGCUUGCUGAUGAUGCCCAGAGGGUGUUUAGAAAGGCCCUGGGUCUGAACACCUCGGUAUCAGACCCUCCAAUCACCAUCAGCAGUGAUGCUGUGAGGAUGGAGCUCAGCCGCUUACAUUCUAGCAAGUCUGCAGGCCCAGAUGGCUUGAGCCCCAAAUUCCUGAAAGGAUGUGCGGCCCAGCUGUGUGAUGCUUUUCAGCACAUUUUCCAACUGAGCCUGAGCAUAAUGGUUGUUCCUGCUCUGUGGAAAACAACAUGCCUGGUUCCGGUGCCGAAGACCAGCCACCCAAACUCACACAGUGACUACAUACCCGUGGCCCUGACAUCACACGCCAUGAAGUCACUGGAGAGGCUGGUCCUAAAGCACGUCCGAUCAGUGGUGGAACCAUACCUGGACCCCUUACAGCAGUGA